AGACGGUAGGAACUCCAUAUCACUGUAAAGGUUGCGACGUCGCGUUGCGAAACGCUGUUCCGUAAUAUCGACCGCCAAAUUACUCAUACGAAUAACUGAAAAAAAUCAUGCUUUCCAAUCGGCUUUUGAAUCGUUUAAAUAGGUGUCAGAUGAGAACUCAAUUCGAACAAUGGGUAUCAAUUCAUACAAUGAAAAUAUCAGGAUUUUAUACACACAGAAAAAAAAAUGAUAUUGAUCAAACCAAGUGUAUAAUAGGGAGACAAAGAAGGCAAUUCUCGUUUAUCCAUGACACGAGUUACUUGUGCUACGGACAAGAUUAUGAAACGGAUGUAGCAUUAUUCGAAAUGUUUAAAAACCAAGAUACGGGCCUGCUGCAUAUAGGGAAAUUCUUGUCGGCAGUCAAAGCAACCGGUCUUAGAAAAACAGAUCCUAGACUACAAGAUAUGAUGGAGAAUUUAAAAAAGUUAUCUAAAUCGAAGUCUGAUGGAAAUGAUGUCGAUACUCAAAAACUAACUUUAGAACAAUUUAAGAAUAUAGUGCAGCCAAGUAUAGGACUUUUGUCAUAUGCGUUUAGACAUCAAUUUAUAAUACCAGAAUUUCAAGAAUUUAGCAAAGAUAUUGAGUUAAUUUAUUGGAAAUGUAAGGAAAAUACAAAUGGAACAGUAGCAUCAUACAUUCCACAGUUAAAAAGAAUGAAUCCGAAUUAUUGGGGCGUCAGUAUUGUAACUAUAGAUGGACAAAGGUACUCAAUAGGGGAUGUCAACAUACCCUUUACAAUUCAAUCAUGCAGCAAACCUUUGUCGUAUGGUAUAGCUUUAGAUUUACUUGGAGCAGAUGUUGUUCAUCAAUAUGUUGGUCAAGAACCUAGUGGUAGAAAUUUCAAUGAACUCAUCCUCGAUCAUAAUAAAAAACCACAUAAUCCAAUGAUUAAUGCCGGAGCUAUUAUUAUUUGUUCCUUAUUAAAGACAAUGUAUUGUCCAGAAAUGAGUUCUGCGGAGAAGUUUGAUUUUACUAUGAACUUUUUUGAGAAAUUGGCUGGAAGAGAGGAUCUUGGAUUCAACAACGCAGUUUUCCUUUCUGAACGUGAGUGUGCUGAUCGAAACUAUGCUUUAGGUUUUUAUAUGAGAGAACAUAAAUGUUUCCCAGAAAGUAGCAAGUUUAGGGAAUGCAUGGAUUUCUAUUUUCAGUGUUGUUCCUUAGAAGUUAAUUGUGAUUUAGUAGCGGUAAUGGCAGCAACAUUGGCUAACGGUGGUAUUUGUCCUCUAUCCGAAGAGAAAGUUUUAAAACCAGAAAGUGUGAGAGAUGUUUUAUCCUUGAUGCAUAGUUGUGGAAUGUAUGACUAUUCAGGACAAUUUGCGUUCAAGGUUGGGUUGCCAGCUAAAUCUGGAGUAAGUGGAGCUAUGUUGGUGGUAGUACCUAAUGUUAUGGGGAUGUGUUUAUAUUCACCACCAUUGGACGCUUUAGGAAAUAGUUGUAGAGGUGUUCAGUUUUGUGAGGAACUAGUUAAGAAAUUUAAUUUUCAUAGAUACGACAAUUUAAGGCACGCUUCCGACAAAUCUGAUCCAAGAAAGCACAAAUUUGAAACUAAAGGUCUGAAUAUAGUCAAUUUACUUUUUUCUGCUGCUUCGGGAGAUUUACCAAGUUUACGAAGGCACAAGUUAUCCGGUAUGGACAUGACAUUAUCAGAUUAUGAUGGUAGAACGGCACUUCACUUGGCUGCAGCUGAAGGCCAUUUACACUGUGUUGAAUUUCUUAUUAAGUACUGUAACGUUCCUUAUGAUAUUAAAGACAGAUGGGGUAGAACACCAUUAGAAGAAGCACUUGCAUUUGGUCAUACGACCGUUAUAGAUAUGCUGCAGACGUGGGAUAAAGAAGGACAUAACAAAAAAUCUAGCCAAAAUAGUGAUGAGGAAGAACCUUUACCUGAAUUUUUGAGCAAAGAUGGGAAGGUCUAGAAGGUUUAUUAAUAAUCCUGGUUGUGCAAAGGCAAUAAACUCCGAAGACUAAGGCAGUGGAUUUAAAUGUCAAUAAAAUAAUUUCGAGUUCAAUAAUUGACACUAGUAUUUUUCUUUAAAUGUUGUAAUGUAAUUUUCAGAUUUAUUUCAUAAAGUUCCAUGUGUUUGUUGAUGAAAAUAUGGUACUGAAAAUUAUGCAAAAAACAUUUUUGCCGAGAAAAAAUUAUUAGAGAAAAGAAAUAUUUUAACUACAAGUAAUUUAGAUGUCAACUCAGAAGCUUAAAAUAGAUGUUUGAAAUGUAAUAAAAUGACUGUUUCAUCUAA